AUGGACACCGACAGGAAAAGCGAAGACAAAGGCAAGAGCCUCGUCUUGACUCAAACACACGGAAGCGUGCAUGUCGGCCAUGUCGUCUCCGAUCCAGACCAGCUCAAGCGCCACCUUGGGAAUCGGCAGAUCCAAUUGAUUGCAAUUGGUGGUUCCAUCGGCACAGCAACAUUCGUCAGCAUCAGCACUGGCCUCGCGGCCGGAGGCCCGGGCAGCCUCUUCCUCGCCUACACUUUCUAUUCCUGUCUUAUGGGCCUCGUGAACAACUGCAUGGCCGAAAUGGCCUCGUUCCAGCCCGUGACAGGUGCCUUCAUUCGGAUGGCUGGCAAAUGGGUUGACGAGUCGUUUGGGUUCCUGGCUGGGUGGAAUUUCUUCAUCUAUGAAGCCAUCCUGAUCCCUUUCGAACUCACCGCCUUGACUCUCGUGUUGUCGUUCUGGCGUGAUGAUAUACCGGUUGCUGCUGUGGUCACGGUCGGCAUCGUGCUGUAUUUUACGAUUAAUGUCUUCGCCGUUGAGUGGUACGGUGAGUGUGAGUUCUGGCUUGCUACUGGCAAGAUCGCUUUACUGGCCAUGGUCUUCUGCUUUACCUUCGUCACAAUGGUUGGAGGCAAUCCGAAACACGACGCAUACGGCUUCAGAUACUGGAACAAUCCCGGUGCCUUUGCCGAGCACAUUACAACUGGUGACCUGGGCCGCUUUCAGGGCUUCUUGGGUGCCUUGUGGAGCGCCGUUUUCACAAUCGUUGGACCUGAAUAUGUUGCGAUGGUGGCUGGUGAGACCAAGCUGCCCCGACGACACCUGAAGGCUGCUUUCAAGACAGCCUACCUCCGCUUCGGGCUCUUCUUCAUUGGCAGCGCAUUGUGUGUUGGCAUUGUGAUUGCUUACAACGACGAGACUCUUGUCACGAUUCUUUCCGGCGAAGGCCAAGGCGCUGGAACAGCUGCCGCAUCCCCCUAUGUGAUUGCGAUGAACAACCUCGGCAUUGGUACUCUGCCUCACAUCACGAAUGCACUUCUGGUCACAAGUAUCUUCUCGGCGGGAAAUGCUUAUACCUAUUGUGGUGCCCGGAGUCUCUAUGGAUUGGCUCUUGAUGGGCAUGCGCCAAAGUUCCUGAGGAAAUGCACCAAAUCUGGUGCGCCCGUCUACGCUCUUGGCUGCACCAUGAUCUUCCCCUGCCUGGCCUUCCUCAACCUGUCUAGCAGUACUUCGCAGGUUCUCAGCUGGUUUGUGAACCUUGUUACAGGCGCACAGGUCAUCAAUUACAUCAUCAUUUGUACGACAUACCUGUUUUUCUACAGAGCGUGCAAAGUUCAAGGACUCGACCGGUCACGUCUCCCUUACUAUGGGAGAUUCCAACCAUACUGCGGUUUCAUUGGUGUGUUUUUCAUGACCACCAUCGUCUGCGUCUAUGGCUACAGCGUGUUUCUCCCCGGCCGCUGGGACGUCAAGUCCUUCUUCACGUACUACGCUAUGGUCAUUAUUGCACCGGUCCUCUUCUUGGGGUGGAAGUUGACGCAUCGUACUAAAAUGGUCAAGCCUGAAGAGGCUGAUCUCAUUUGGGUCGCGCCAGCCAUCGAUGAGUACGAGGCCAACUAUGAGGAAGACUCUCCUGGCUUCUGGAUCGAAAUUGCACAGAUCUUCGGGUUAUAUAGGAAGCCUAAGAACAAAGAGCAAAGCUAG